AUCAUGAUUCUGGAAGGAAGUGGUGUAAUGAAUCUCAACCCAGCCAACAACCUCCUCCACCAGCAGCCAGCCUGGACAGAUAGCUACCCCGCAUGCAAUGUUUCCAGUGGUUUCUUUGGAGGCCAGUGGCAUGAAAUCCAUCCUCAGUACUGGACCAAAUAUCAAGUGUGGGAAUGGCUGCAGCACCUCCUGGACACCAACCAGCUGGAUGCCAGCUGCAUCCCUUUCCAGGAGUUUGACAUCAGUGGAGAACACCUGUGUAGCAUGACUCUGCAGGAAUUCACGAGGGCGGCGGGCUCUGCUGGGCAGCUACUCUUCAGCAACUUACAGCAUCUUAAGUGGAACGGCCAGUGCAGCAGUGACCUUUUCCAGUCCACACACAAUGUCAUUGUCAAGACUGAACAAACAGAUCCUUCCAUUAUGAACACAUGGAAAGAAGAAAACUAUCUCUAUGACCCCAGCUAUGGUAGCACAGUAGAUUUGUUGGACAGUAAAACUUUCUGCCGGGCCCAGAUCUCCAUGACAACCUCCAGUCACCUUCCAGUUGCCGAGUCACCUGAUAUGAAAAAGGAACAAGACCACCCUGUAAAGUCUCACACCAAAAAGCACAACCCAAGAGGGACUCACUUAUGGGAGUUCAUUCGAGACAUUCUCCUGAGCCCAGACAAGAACCCAGGGCUGAUCAAAUGGGAAGACCGUUCAGAAGGCAUCUUCAGGUUCCUAAAGUCAGAGGCUGUGGCUCAGCUGUGGGGGAAAAAGAAAAACAACAGUAGUAUGACCUAUGAGAAGCUCAGCCGGGCCAUGAGAUAUUACUACAAACGGGAAAUCCUGGAACGUGUGGACGGACGGCGGCUGGUCUAUAAAUUUGGAAAGAAUGCUCGUGGAUGGAGAGAAAAUGAGAACUGAGGCUGCCAACCCUUGGGACACAAACCAAAAACACACAGCAAAUGGAUUAUGAUCAAUGAAGAACUGGACGUAAAUAUUUCAAAGACUGCUUUUCAGUGAUAUUUAUGUACUAUGAAGGGACAAAAAAUCUACUUCUGAUGGGAAGAAUGAACACUACAGUUAAUGAAAAAAUUAUUUUGUUACUUUGAAGUAUGUCCUAUGUGGGGAGCAAACGUACACAGUUUUCUGUGAACUAUGAAGCUGUAUGUGGUUGUGAUGUGCUGUUGCCUCUUUUGUGAUGUCUUGUUUUGUUUUUUUUUUCCUACCCUGAGAACAACAGGGCCUGUAGCCUUGCGCUUCUUGUCGAGAGGAAGGGAAAAGAAAUAAGAGGGCAUUAAAUAUUUUCAUAGACAAAAUAAUUUAGAGAAAAGGCGAUGUGUUCUCUGCACAUAAGCAUCCAUGUGACCUCCUCAAGAGAAAUGGGAUUCAUUGGUAGGACAAAGUUCAGGGUCUCAGAUUGAUGGGGUCAGCCCAAAGGAUGCUGGGAAAUUUGACUUGACUUAGGAGACAGGGAAUAGAGAAUGGCAACUUCCAUAAUCCAGCGUGGCCUAUAAUCACUGCAUGAUGACAUGACUGGGAAAGUUUAAAUAAAUGAGAACGAUGGAGGGGAAGGACCUACCCCCAUUCAUGGAUGAUUCUCCUGUACCCCCUUUGCACUUGGAUGGUUAAAAACAUCAUUUGCUUCAUGUGGUCACUUCUAGCUAUGUAGAAUUCAGCCCAACUAUUGAAAAAAAGGCGGGAAAAGGAGGUGAUGUUAUGGGGAUGGCUGAUGAGCAUGCUCUUGUAUCUGUAGUUUAAAGUUUCUCCCUGGGUACAGUUGACAUUUGGGGUUGGUUCAUUCUUUGUGGUGAGGGUUGUACUGUGCAUCGUAAAAUGUGUAGCAAUAUCUAUGACCUCCACCAGCACUUUGUACCUGUCACAAUCCAGAGUGCUCCUAGAAGUUGUCAAAUGUCUCUAGGAGGACCAUAAUACCCUUGAGUAAGAACAUCAAUUGAACCAGUCAAUAUAAAGGUAGUCAUUCA